AUGGAAUCCUCUAGUAGGGCCUUCUGGGAGAGGCGCGCUGCCUCCCCUGCUUCUGUGGAGGGCAGCGGUGGCCGCAGCAGCCCGAAUGCCGGCAGCACCACCGAGGUCUUGCACUGCAGCAGCAGCAGCAGCAACAGCAGCAGCAGCAGCAUCUGCAUGGAGUUUUCGCGGGGAAAAGCGGAUACAAUCCCGUGCUCAGGUCUUGAGGAAGAAGAGCGUGCUGCAGCAGUUGAUGCGUCUGCAGCGAGUGAAGCAGCAGCAGCAGCAGGGGGAGCAGCAGAUGAGGUAUCUGAGUUCUUUCCUUCCUUUCCCCCCGAAAUGUAUUUGCCGUCUGCUGCUGCGCUGCUGCAGCCAGGAGGCCCCCCUUCACAUACUGCUGCCUCGGGUGUACGUACACCCGAGAGAUCUGCUGCAGCGCCAGAGGGCAGCACAACUGCAGCAGAAAUAGAAGCAACAGGAAUUGCCUCGUGGGGUUGCAAGCUGAGGGGACCUUCUCCUCACGUUGAUGCUGAUAUCAUGGCUGCUCAAGCCGUCAGCAGCAGCUGCAGCAGCAGCAGCAGCAGCAACCAGCUGCAGCAGGAGCACAUCGCGCUCCUCGAGCAACAGCGAAGGCAACAGCAGCAGCAGCAGCAGCAGCAGCAGCGCAGCAGCAGCAGCAGCAGCAGCAGCUAG